AUGAGAGCGGUCAUUAUUGAUGGCAAGCACGCCCGCUUGGAGCAUAAUCGUCAAGUCCCCCAGCUGCGCGAUGAUCACGUACUUGUCAAGCCUAUCACAGUUGCGUUAAAUCCUACCGAUUGGAGGCACGUCAGAUAUGGCCGCGCAAAAGACGGUUGCAUCCUGGGCUGUGACUACGCAGGCAUUGUUGAGUCUGUAGGGAGCGCAGUCACCAAACCCUGGCAGCCAGGAGACAGGAUUUUCGGCUGUGGUCACGGGGCGAAUCUUGUGAAUCCAGAUGAUGGAGUAUUUGCCGAGUUUGCGGCGGUAGUUGGGGACUUGCAAAUGAGAGUUCCCGAGCACCUAAACUUUGAAGAGGCGGCGACCAUUGGCUUGGGAUCCAUCACUGUCGGGCAAGGCCUAUAUCAAAAGGCCUUGAAGCUCGACCUGCCACCACCCACAGGUGAAGCUAAGAGAAAUGGCAUUCCCGUGCUGAUAUACGGUGGUGGGACAGCUACUGGCGCAUUGGGUAUCCAGUAUGCCAAACAGUCCGGCUAUACUGUUAUUACCACAUGUUCUCCAAGAAAUUUCGAGUAUGUCAAGAGCCUUGGCGCCGAAUUUGUCGUUGACUACAACGACGCCGAUGCUGGAGCCCAGAUCCGCAACUUCACCAACAACGAGCUCAAAUACGCAUGGGAUACUGUGAGCAUUGAAGGAUCCGCUCAGAUCUGUGCCGAUGCGCUGUCGACUUCAUCAUCGAUGGCCCCUGUUUAUGGCAGUCUCCUGCCAGUCAAGAGUCCUCGAGGCGACGUCGAGGCGGUGUCGACUGUUAUGCACACUGUCUUUGGUAAAGAUUUCAAAUUCGGCCCUCUUGACAUGCCAGCAAGCCAAGAGGACUUUGACUUUGGGAAGAUGUUCUUUCAGCUCACAGAGGAGUUGCUCGCGCAGAAGCAACUAAGACCACAUACUACUCGAAUCUGCGAGGGGGGUCUUGGUUCGAUCCCACAAGGUUUACGGGAUCUCGAAUUGGGCAGGGUCAGGGUUGAGAAACUGGUAUAUUUACUUGCUGAUACAAGCUGA